UGCUCUUUCCCUCUUCCCGCCAUCGCUGCUGUGCCUCUCUCUCUCUCUCUCUCUCUCUCUCUCCUGGCGUUGCCGCCGCAGCAUUGUUCCUCUUGCUGGAGUCAUCGCCGGCGCAGCCUUGUUCCUCUUUCUGGAGUCAUCGCCGGCGCCGCUCACUGAUGCAAUCCUAAACUUGUAACAGUUGUUCCUCCUCUAAAUUUAGAAUAAAAUAGCCAAGAUCAAGCACCACCAAAAGGAUUUUCUUAAUAUUCUCACAAAGAGUACAAUCAAGAGAAGACCAGAGGCAAAGCCUGGAGAUCUAUCAAAAGAGAGUACAAUCAAGAGUGGAUCAGAGGAUUGCAACAAGAAACCCCGGCCAGCACUCCCUCCCUUCCUUCCUUCUCGAUCUCAGAUCUCUCUGCGUCCUUUAUAGCAUCACUGACCCAUCCUCCUCCACUCUAAGCAAAGUUUUGCUGCAGCUGCCUCCCCGCAUCAUCCCCUUCAACACUGAUCAACCAUUGUCAGGUCAACAAUGGCGAAAUCCCUGGACUCGGAGGAGGAGUUCGUCGAUCAUUACCUUGUGCUUUGCCUCCCCUCCGGUGAGGAAGGCUCAAAGCUAAGUCUAAAACAGAUUGACAAGGCCUAUCGUGAUCAAUCCCGGAAACGCCACCCCGACAAGCGGCCCAAUGACCCAGACGCCACUGCUGACUUCCAACGCCUCACCACCUCCUAUGAAAUCCUCCGGGAUGUCUCCUCACGUGCAGUUUUUGAUGCGCACCUUCGAUCUAUCAGGGAGAAAGCCUUCCGUGCCUCACUUUUUGAUGGCAAGCGCCGGAAGCUAGCCUCUGACCUCGAGGAGCGGGAGCGUGCUGCUGCUGCACCGCAGUUUGACCCUGCCGAGCUUGCUGCUCGGAAGGAGAAGAUGGUUGCUGCUGAGUUGCAACAGGAGCUCGCUGCAUUCCAGUCCCGCAAGGCGAAGAAAGUAGCAUCUGCCCCAACUUCUGUGCAUGAGAAAGCAAGAGAGGAUGUUGGGGCAAGUGUGGAUGAAGAAAAGGUAUUGAAGGUCUCUUGGGAGAGAGAUGGGAGGGAUUAUGAUUCUGUGCAGCUGACAAAGCUAUUUGAGAGAUUUGGAAUGGUUGAAGAUGUUGUGAUCAGGUCAAGGGGAUCCAAAAAGAAGGGCUCUGCUAUUGUUGUAAUGUCUUCCAAAGAUGCUGCAGUAGCUGCUACGCAAACUAUGAGUGGUGAUAUUUCAAAUCCUUUACUUGUUCUCCCUCUUCGAGCUUCUUCUAGUGCAUCAAAUGCUAGGCAUGCUGAACCAGCUGUUCCGAAACAUGAUGACAUAGUUGGUGCUGGUUUUCGAGAUUACGAAGAAUCUAUAUUGAAGAAACUUGAAAAGGCUAAAGAAAAGGAUGGAGCAACAUGACAUUGGGAUGGAAACACAUGGAUUUUUCUUUGUCAUUUUGCUUGAGAAAAUUGUCGUUCAUGUUUGAACUCGUGUUAUUUUAAUUGCGGGUUCAACAAAAAUUAAAUAGCAAAAUCAUUGAUGUAGCAAAAUGUCGUCACGAAUUACAAACUGCAGUAUAUAUGUAUAUAUACACACAUAUUUCUUUACUAUGUGUAAGUGCGUAAAUGAUAUACGCUCAUUGAUCCAA